UACUCGGUCUCAAGCAGUACACGUGAAAAUUUGGUUAGCGGUACGCGUAAGCGAUUUGAUUGACGUUGUUUACAGUGAAUUAAAUGACAAUGUUCGGAGACAAUUUGUGGCAGGUUUUCGGAACAUUCCAUCAACAGUGCACAAUGAUGUUACCGUCGAUACACGUGUCUCGUAUGCAAAAAAUUAUUAUUAUCUGCUUUGCCGGUGGAUCAAUAUUAUUAGGAGGACUGGCGCAGUUUUUGAAGAGACGACGAAGACCACCUCCAUCCAGAAGGCCUUACAGGGACUACAAACAAAGAUUAGCGACCAAGGCUUCUAACUUUGAUGUGUUGUCACAAGUAUCCUGGGCGAGGAGAAGCGAAGCUAGCACUAAGAGUCACAUUAGUGAUCGCGCGUCGCUCAUUUCAUCUGUACCUGGCGUUCCGGACGACGAUGUUAGACUCACUCCGCAACAAUACGGUGUACUCGGCCUCGAGGCGUUGGAAAAGGCCCUCUACUGCUGGGAAGACGCGCUCACCGCCUUCAGCUCUGCUUUCAACAACGAAACCCUCGCACUGCAGACCAAGGCCGACGCGGCGUUCACGAAAGAUGUCCAGACACUGCUCGACGUCGGCUAUCAAAUGCAGGAUCAGGCGGAAAUGUUGUUCAUUGAUCAGCACUCCGUGUUAUUCCGUAAUGACAGCGAGGAGAGUCUCGACAGCCGCAAGCCUUCGCACGAGACGCGGAUAUCUGGCAGGGAAAGAGCUGACGCCGCAUCGUCACCCGAUUCCUUCGAAUCCGCGCGUGACGGGGUCGCGGAUUUGCGUGAGUUCGAGGAAUUCUCCGAGUUGUUUCCACAUUUGGAGAAGCAAGCGCUGUAUCAUGCAGCUCUUAAACAGCACGAGGACAAUGGUAUUCCCUGCAGGAGAAUGCACACGGAGCUCGUCAAGUGCGGAUCGGACGUGGAGUAUUUGGCGAAGGUGCACUGCCUACGACAGGCCUACACCAAAAUAUUUAAUUUGCCGGUGGCGACGGCGUUUAUUGCGGACAUGGGCCGGCAAGUUAUGAGCGAUUUAAUCAUGUACGCAGACAGGGAUCCUAAAGAUUAUCUGAUGUAUUACGAACGCAUGAUGGAAUUCCUGAAAGAGCCGCGCAAUCAUAGCAUCAUGGAGGAGGAAUUGACCGCUCGCGGUGUCAAGUGUAUGAACUUCUACGACGUUCUCAUCGACUUUAUACUGUUGGACGCGUUCGAGGAGAUGGAGAAGCCGCCCUCGUCCAUCAAGGCGAUACUCCAAAACCGAUGGAUAUCCGCUAGUUUCAGGGAAACCGCGAUAGGAACGGCGGUGUGGUCCGUCCUCAUGGGUAAAAGACAAAUGCUGAAGUACGACCAGGGUUUCCUGGCGCAUUUCUACUCGAUCUCCGAGCAAAUCUCCCCGGUGCUCGUGUGGGGAUUCCUGGGCUCGGAGAGCAACCUGCGUUCCACCUGUUACUACUUUAAGGAGCAAGUGAUCGAGUUUCUCAUAGAUAUAUUUAAUAUCUUCAAAGUACGGUAUACCACCGUCGACGACCUCGCCACGGACAUUCUUAGAGAAAUGAAAGCUAGAGUGAAGAAUAUAAAUCAAAGGUUAUCGUUAGAAGGCUGCUAGCCAAACGAGACACGCGUAGACAGCUUGCUAGAAUGAUAGAUUAAAAUUAACACAUGUAAAUUGCAUUGCAUGUACUGCGAGCUACGAACUGAAAGUCGUAAUAUUGUUGACAAGAAUACCGCUACAUCAACGAGAUUAAACCCGUGUUUGACCUAAUAUCAUCAUAUUCGACAAAUUGAAUAGAUAGUGGCCACGUAUUACCGCAUAUUUCCGUCUCCACCGCCGCGUUGACAGUGGUAAGUAAUUGCUUCGGCAAGCAAGCAAUCAUUUUGUAAAUUAAUCUACAACAUAGGUACAUCGCAUUUAAUUACCUUAAAAGUUUCACGCGUACAUCGGCUUUCACAUGAUGCUUGAAUGAAUCGUAAAUUACGCUUGAAUAAAAUGUUAGUGAUCUGUAACGUCGUGCAUUGCAUUUUAACGAACAAAAGAGAUAAUGGCAAUGUGCAAUAUGGAUUUUAUGUAAUUGUGUAUUAACGAGAUGGAUAUCAUUUAUUUAUAGUGAUUGGAAAAUUAAGCCGUGAUAGUUAAGCAAACCAGAUAUUGCGAUCAUUCUGAAAUAACUAGAUUCUCCUCGGAAAAUUGUAAUAUAUAAUGGUGCCAGAGUGAGUUUUGUAGACAUUUUAUGAGUCGCGUUACAAUGUAAAGGUGAGGCAAUAACUAUUACUAUCUUGAAUAUCAUCGAUAAUAAAUGUGAGGGUAUGAGAAAAAUUUAUCCAGCAGAAAUUGUUGCAUCGAUACUAAUGGUUGUUGUUUCGAGUACUUGUAAAACAAAAUAUUUUGUUUUCUAUCCGUUAAUAAAAUAUUCAUUUAUUUGAUUUUUAAAGAUAUUCAAGGUAGUAAUAGUUAUUGUCUCACUCUGUGUAAUAUCAAGAAUUAUUACUCAAUUUACUACUCUUAUUAUAUUAACGAUUAUUAAUAAAUAAUAUAUUUCAUGUUUUAUUUCGGAAUGUGUAGAAAUCGCGUUUUAGUAUAUUUUAAUUAUAUUUUUACUUACAUGGUUGUGUAAAAUGAUAUCCGGUUAAUUCAUUUCUAUAUUAUUCCAAAGGGUUAUCGUUAAUCUCAGUAAAGUCAACAUAUUGCAAUAUGUUGCAAUAUUGCAAUACGUAUUAUCAAUGUGAUAAGUUGUAGCAACAUUUAAGUUAGAUCAAUGUAUAAUGUUACGUCGUUCCUUUUACCUAUUCAAAUAGAAUGAUAUACGCGUCCCAGUAAGAAAAAUUACGACCGAUAGCGCGAAAUCAAUUUUAAAAUAUUAAAAUUUUAUCUCGGAUUCUAUCAGACAUUAUAGAUUGUCUAAAACUAACUAAAAGCUUAUUAGAUAAUACCCGCUUGUUCUUGCUGGUAUUAUGAAAUACGAUAUUACCACUGCAUGUAUUUCAUCAUUAUUUUAAAAAUAGUUACCACUUUGUCGAAACGUAGAUCAAUUAAUCCUGUUUUUCAAUUGUAGAUGAAAAAAAUCAUAGCGCAACUUGACCAAGCUAUGCAUUGCCAAAGAUGUUCGUGAAUUUCAUCGUCACAAUAUUUAAUCAAUAACUGCAGGUUAUUUUAUCAAUUUUUAGCAACAUUCCUCAUUAAUCGUUAAGAUAUACAGGAUGAUUAUGUAAUAUAUAUGCGUUUUAUACAUAUUUUUUAAAUUCAUGAUUUCGUAAGAGAUAUACAUCUAUGUGUGUUAAUAAUGAAAAUACAUCUUUUAAUUUUUCUACAUAUAUAUUUGGUUUACUUAUUCCAUCAAAAAGAUGGUAUAUAUACAAUAUUGUAAUAUUAAUUUCAACAUGUUUGAUUUUUCAUAAUUGAAAUACCCUCCAAACGAAAAUCCUGGAGUAUACUUUUACAAUAAACGGUUCACAGUUUUUUUUCAUAUAAUCUGUGAAAAUGUACAAACUGUAUGUAUGUUGUACAAAUAUAUAUUUGUACGACAAAAUGUUUCCAUAAGAGAUUUUUCACCAAAACAGAAAUAAAAAUUGACAAACAUAACAGUAACCGUGCGUCUCUUUGGAUUCAUACGUUGAAACUUUGAAUUUUAUUAUAUAAAGAAAUCAUCAAAAAAAACUGUUGAAACCAAAAUUAAAGUUUUCGUUUAAAUU